AUGGUGCAAAUAAUUACAUUUUCUUUUUUUCUUGGGCGAGAGUGUGAUUCCAGUUCAGUGAUAAACUUAAGAGAUCUUUUAUAUUCUCUAACUGAAAACAUAAUUAGCAGAGUGGCCUUAGGGAAGAAAUAUAAUGAAGGGGAAAGAGGAAUCAAGGCUAAGGCCAUCCCAGAUGAAUUUGGUGAUCUUUUAGGUGCUUUCAACGUCGGUGACUAUAUUCCGUGGCUUGAAUGGCUCAAUAAAAUCAAUGGCCUGGACACCAGAGUGGAGAAAGUAGCUAAGGAAUUGGACGCAUUUUUGGAGAGUGUGAUUGGAGAACACAUGAUUAGGAACAAGAAAGGAGAAGACAGUGGGGGUGAAGCUAAAGACUUAAUGGACGUUUUGUUGGAAAUUCAGAAUGGAAAUGAAACAGGCUUUCCUCUUCAGAGGGAUUCAUUGAAAGCUCUUCUACUGGAUAUAUUCGCUGGUGGUACGGAUACGACGUAUACAGCUUUAGAGUGGACAAUGACAGAGCUUUUGAGGCAUCCAAGAAUCAUGGAGAAAUUACAGAAUGAAGUGCGACAAUUAGUCCAAGGAAAAUCAGAGAUAACAGAGGAUGACUUAGGAAAUAUGCAGUAUCUAAAAGCAGUGAUCAAAGAGACUCUUAGAUUCCAUCCACCGAUUCCACUACUAGUCCCUCGAGAAUCAAUGGAAGACGCAAAAUUGCUAGGCUACCACAUACCUGCUAAAACUCAAGUCAUUAUCAAUGCUUGGACAAUCGGAAGAGAUCCUUUGUCGUGGGAUAAUCCGGAGGAGUACCGACCAGAGAGGUUCUUGAAUAGUAAUAUUGAUGUCAAAGGACUAAAUUUUGAGUUGAUUCCCUUUGGAGCAGGCAGAAGGGGCUGCCCAGGAAUUGCUUUUGCUAAUGUGGUAAAUGAGCUAGCAAUAGCAAGGCUUGUACACAAGUUCAAUUUUGCAUUACCAGAAGGGAUAAAAGGGGAGGAUUUGGAUAUGACUGAAGGCACUGGCAUCACUAUUCGUAGGAAGUCACCUUUGCUAGCAGUGGCCACUCCUUGCUCUAGUUAGGAAUCUUUUUUCCUCCAUUGCUUACUAUCACUAAUUCUACAUAUCCACAAGUAUAAGCGAUGGAACAUAGAUCCCAUCAUCGC